AUGAAGCUUAACAUCGCAUACCCCGCUCAGGGCACCCAGAAGUGCAUUGAUAUUGAGGACGAGCACCGAGUCCGAGGCUUCUACGAGAAGCGAAUGGGCCAGGAGGUUGAGGCUGACUUCCUCGGUGACGAGUUCAAGGGCUACGUGCUCAAGAUUACCGGUGGUAACGACAAGCAGGGUUUCCCCAUGAAGCAGGGAGUCAUGCACCCCACCCGAGUCCGACUUCUGCUGUCCAAGGACUCUUCCUGUUACAGAUCUCGACGAGCCGGUGAGCGAAAGCGAAAGUCCGUCCGAGGAUGCAUUGUCUCUUCCGACCUGUCUGUUCUGUCUGUCGUUAUCGUCAAGCAGGGCGAUGCCGACAUUGAGGGCCUGACCACCGAGACUGUUCCCCGACGACUCGGCCCCAAGCGAGCCAACAACAUCCGAAAGCUGUUUGCUCUCUCCAAGGAGGAUGAUGUCCGACAGUACGUUAUCCGACGUGAGGUGACCACCAAGUCCGGAAAGACCUACACCAAGGCCCCCAAGAUCCAGCGACUCAUCACUCCCCGACGACUCGCCCACAAGGCCCAGCUCCGAGAGAAGAAGGUCAAGGCCAUCCAGGCCUCCAAGGAUGCUGCCGCUGAGUACGCCCAGCUGCUCGCCAAGCGAGUUGCCGAGAAGAAGUCUGAGAAGGCCGAGGAGAAGAAGCGACGAGCCUCUUCUCUCCGAACUCAGUCUGUCCAGGCUUAA